AUGUUGAAGUUAUUAAAAUUGAAACCAAGAUUUGUCAUACGAACAAUAACAACUUUCCAAAAUAAUGUAUCAGUUCAACAAGAUUUAACGAAAUAUUUCCAAGAUAAAAUACGUAUAAAUGGUCCAAUUACAUUAGCUGAAUACAUGAGAGAAUCAUUAAAAACAUAUUAUAAUAGUGGAAAUGUCUUUGGGUCUGAUGGAGAUUUUAUAACAUCUCCUGAAGUUAGUCAACUUUAUGGAGAAAUGGUUAUGCUAUGGUUGUUAAGCAUGUGGGAAAAAGCAGGAUGUCCAUCUCCUGUGAAUUUAAUAGAGCUUGGACCAGGAACAGGAGUAAUGAUGACAGAUAUGCUAAGAUUAUUAAAACAAACUCAAUACAGCUCACUUGACCUUAGCAUACAUAUGGUAGAAACAAGUAAAAAAUGUAGCUUAGAACAAGCCAAUAAACUAUGCAGUUCAGAUUCACAGAUAGAAUCGAGCCAAUGUUAUUAUCAACACGGUAGAACAUGUGAAAAAUAUGGAAAUAAAGAGAUAUUUUGGUAUGAAUCAAUAGAUGAUAUCCCUAGAAAUACAUUUAGUUUAAUAGUUGCCCAAGAAUUUUUUGACGCUUUACCUGUACAUAAAUUCAGGAAAAUUAAUGAGAAAUGGCGUGAAAUAGUAAUAGAUAUUGAAAAUUAUUUAAAUGGAACAUUUCGUUAUGUCUUAAGUAAAACAUCUACAACUACAUCAAAUUUAAUAUCUUCAAUAGAAUAUUAUAAAUGUUCAAAUCUCAGAAAUCAAACUGAAAUUGAAGUUGGUCUUGACGCUGCUAUUAUUAUGCAGAAGCUAAGUGAGAGAAUAAUAAUAGAUGGUGGAAUAUUUCUAUGUAUUGAUUAUGGACAAGAUAAGCCUAUAACUGAUACCUUUAGGGCUUUUAGUGGACACCAACAAGUUAAUCCAUUACAUAAUCCUGGAACUGUAGACUUGACAGCAGAUGUUGAUUUUGGCAGACUAAAAAAUGUUGCUGGAUCUGAUGUCUUGGCUUUCGGACCAAUUUGCCAAAAUAUAUUUUUAGAGAAUUUGAUGAUUAAUUUGAGAUACCAAAAUUUGCUGAUCUUGACAAAAAAUGAAAAAGAAGCAACAUCAUUGACAUUUGGUUAUAAUAAAUUAAUGGAAAUGGGUAAAAAAUUUAAAAUAAUGGGAAUGGUACCAGCAACAAUGGCACCAAUUUUAUAUAAUUCUCCGAUUAGUGGAUUUGGUUUAUAUAAUUCAACAAAAAAGUGAGAAAACUAUUAAAUUAAGAUAAUUAGAUAAAUAUAAAAUUUAACACAUUA